CAGUGGAAAGACUUGUUGGCUUGUUCUUCACUGGUUUGUGGGACAGCACUUCAAAUCUGGCAAUGGAUCAGAAGAACUGAAAAGCAUUUUUUCUCCCACCGAUGUUUCUGAGAGCUGCUAAAACAGGACCAAUGAAGAUGCUCACCAGACUGCAGGUCCUUGCUCUAGCUUUGUUUUCUAAAGGAGUUUUCCUUUCCCUAAGUGACCACAGCUUUGUAAGGAAGGAAAUUAAGAUAGAAGGAGACCUGGUCUUAGGUGGUUUAUUCCCAAUCAACGAAAAAGGCACUGGGAUAGAAGAAUGUGGGAGAAUCAACGAAGACCGAGGCAUCCAGCGCUUGGAGGCCAUGUUGUUUGCCAUUGAUGAAAUCAACAGAGACAACUAUUUGUUGCCAGGAAUUAAGCUUGGAGUUCACAUCUUGGACACAUGUUCCAGGGAUACAUAUGCCUUAGAACAAUCUUUGGAGUUUGUCAGGGCAUCUUUGACAAAAGUGGAUGAGACAGAGUAUAUGUGCCCUGAUGGGUCAUAUGCCAUUCAAGAGAAUUUACCAUUGCUCAUUGCAGGAGUCAUAGGAGGUUCCUAUAGCAGCGUCUCCAUACAGGUGGCAAAUUUGCUCAGGCUCUUCCAGAUCCCCCAGAUAAGCUAUGCCUCCACCAGUGCCAAGCUGAGUGACAAAUCCCGCUACGACUAUUUCGCACGGACGGUGCCACCAGACUUUUACCAAGCGAAAGCCAUGGCUGAAAUCUUACGGUACUUCAACUGGACUUACGUGUCAACAGUUGCUUCAGAAGGAGACUAUGGAGAGACAGGCAUCGAAGCCUUUGAGCAGGAAGCUCGUCUCCGCAACAUUUGCAUCGCCACCUCCGAGAAAGUGGGGCGGUCCAACAUCAGGAAGUCCUACGAUGGUGUGAUCAGAGAGCUGCUCCAGAAGCCCAACGCCAGAGUGGUGGUGCUCUUCAUGCGAGGUGAUGACUCUCGGGAGCUCAUCGCAGCCGCCAACCGCUUCAAUGUUUCCUUUACCUGGAUUGCCAGCGACGGAUGGGGAGCACAAGAGAGUAUUGUCAAGGGCAAUGAACACAUAGCUUCUGGGGCAAUAACCUUGGAGCUUGCUUCCCAUCCAGUUAAAGAAUUUGACAGGUAUUUCCAAAGCCUCAGCCCCUACAACAACAGACGCAACCCCUGGUUCAAGGAUUUCUGGGAACAAAAAUUCCAGUGUAAUCUCCAGAACCGAAAACCACAUAAAAAGGCUUGUGACAAGCACUUCACUAUCAACAGUUCCAACUACGAGCAAGAAUCCAAGAUUAUGUUCGUUGUGAAUGCUGUGUAUGCAAUGGCCCAUGCCUUGCAUAAAAUGCAGAGGACUCUGUGUCCAAAUACCACCAAACUCUGUGAUGCCAUGAAGCAUCUGGAUGGUAGGAAGCUGUACAAAGAUUAUCUCCUGAAAGUAAACUUUACAG